ACCCCCAACUCGGGGACCCUGGAGGGCACGUUGCGCCUGCGGUCCGGAGUCUGGGCCGCUCCCUCUGCCUCCUUUGGGGGAGGGGUCUCGCUCGCUGGCACUGGACCCUCGGACACCCAACAGAACAUCCGCUGACCUUGGCCGAAGUCCCGGCCCCGCUGCUGACCCAGGGAUUGGCCUGGACAGAUUAUGGGGUUUUGAGACCUCCCAAAUCCAAAGCGUGCGGGGGAAACUUGAAUCCAGAGAAGAGUUUUUCAGGAGGGUGGACCACACCACCCGUUUUCUAUUUGCAGACCUCCCCUCCAGCAUAGAAGCAGAUUGCAGGGUAUACAGCUCUCCUACUCUAUAUACAGAGGAACCUGUGGAUCUUGGAACACUUUGAGGGGCCUCAUUUCCUGGGAGCACCAUCGCCCAUUUUCCAGUGCAUCUUGGGCUGUGGCAUUGGUGAGUUGAAACUUGGGGUGCCACUUUAUAGGGCCCAGAAUCCUAAACAGCAGGAAGACUUUUGUGGUAGUGCAAGGCUUUGCUAUACCCCAAGGCAUUCUUGGAAUCUUUGUGGGGCAUUAAUGAAUUUGGAGGCUCAUAGUUUCCCCAGUCUCUAUCCUGGAAUCUCCAGUAACAUUUUUGGGAGUGAAAAGUGCCCCCUCAGACCUUAAAAGGAGGGAACUGAACCUGAUUGAAAGUUGGGAGUCCUUGCAGAACUACCAGGGACCAAACAGGAACCUUUCCUUGGAGCUGGAACAGAACCUGGCAUCUGGGGAGCCCCUCCCGACCUCCUGCCUGACGGCCAGAGGAACACUGGAGGAGAUCCAGAAGUCUAGGGGGUUCCCCUUGGCCAUUACCAAAACUAUGUUUCUUCGACGUCUUGGUGGCUGGCUGCCCCGUUCCUGGGGCCGCCAAAAAGAUCCCCUGCCUGAGCCUGGCCCUGUAAGGGAGGAUAGCUCGCCUGAGAACUCAGGGAGUGACUGGGACAGUGCUCCAGAGACUAUGGGAGACAGGGGUCAGCCUAAGGCUGAGAACUCCAGGAGACAAGUGAAUAGGGGGGGCCCCCCUGAAUGGAGCAGGGACUCUGCCAACUAUGGAGAUACUGAGCGACUGGGGAACAGAAGGAACUCCCCCAAACUGAGCAUGGAUGUGCCCAGCUUUGAGGAGUCCAGGAAACUGGAUGCUAGGGGAGUGAUCCCCACAGUGGAAGGCAAUGCCCCAAACUCAGAAGAUCCUAAAGGACAAGGGACAUUUCUUAAAUGGAGAACAAACCCCUCCAACCCUGAGGCUCCUGUGGAGAAAGUAGGACAUCACCAGAGGCUGCUGGGCUGGCUUCAGGGGGAAACAAAUAGAGGGUUGGGGGCCCACCCACAGUUCUUAGGGGGCUCUGAGGAGUGGCUCCAGAUCUCUACCAACCUGACCCUGCACUUGCUGGAACUGCUGGCUUCAGCUCUGCUGGGACUAUGUUCCAAGCCCCUGCGCCUGGUCCUAGAUGCCUUAGGUCUUCGGGGGCCUUUGGGGCUCUGGCUGCAUGGGCUUCUCUCCUUCCUUGUUACCCUCCAUGGACUUCACAUGGCCCUCACCCUGCUCACUGCACACCCCUUCCACUUUGCCUGCCUCUUUGGCCUUCUGCAGGCCCUGGUACUGGCAGUCAGUCUCCGUGAGGGCACCCAGGUGUCAAGGGAGGAAGAGGAAUACAAAUGGGAGGGGGGAAAAGGAAGAGAUAGAGAGGAGGAAGAUGAGAUUAAAGGAAGGGAGGGCCUGUGACCUUGGUGUUUGGGAAUUGUCUCAGGGUUAAGGAACACCAGGACUUCAGGGAAGGGAGAGAGAUCCUUAGGGUGGGGAAAGGGGCCCAUAGAGACCCCUUCCCCCCUGCAACAGGGCUUGGGCACUCAAAGUAGGGGGAGUUACCCUCUAAUUCACCAGCUAUUUGUCACUUUUUCUUUAGUGUUAUUCCUCCCCCAAUUAAAAAAAAUAAAAAGGAACUCCCUCUACCCCUUCUAUUUCCCCUAGGGGAUAAGGACUCUAGUAACCCUGGGUCCUGGGAGAGGGAGGGGAAAGCAGGGGGAUCUAUUGGAUACUAGGAUCUGAGCCAUAAGUGGAUAAAGGGGAGGGGUGUCAGGUAUAAAGCUGAUGGAUCACAGAAGUGUGGGUUGAGGAGAGAUGUGCUUGGAACUGGAGAUCCAGUUAGACUCUCCAGGAAACCCAGCAAGAAGCCUUGGGAUACGACAGCAGAGGCCUAGGGAGACACCCAUGCCCAUUUAGAGAGUUUGGAGGCUUAAUCACUGAGCAAUCACUGUUGUACUGAUCUCCUAAAUAUACCACUACAAAAGGGAAGUUAA